UCCGCUGGCCGCCCAUGAGCCACGUGCGGAUGAUCAGCCAUUUCGUGGCAAGAAAAACAGAUUGACUGAUAAACUAAGCGAUAAUAUUGCAAAACGGCGCACAGUGAAUACCCCAGUAUCGCUGAUCUACUGAGAACUUAAGUGUCUGCGUUGAAUUUCGGCCCUCCAAAUGGCCGUGGACCCGACCCAAGGGGGCGUUCUCGUGUUUUCGCUCAACACGGCGAAGGAGCUGUCAGAGUCGAUCGCAAGGAGACUAGGUGUUCUGCCUGCUCCUGUCCAUGUGGGACAAUUUGCCAAUAAAGAGUCCAAAGUGCAUAUUGGUGUGUCUGUGAGAGGGCGCGAUGUUUUUAUCAUCCAAACUGGACAGGGGGAAGAAACAACUUGUAAUAAUGCAUUAAUGGAGCUACUCAUCAUGGCAUAUGCAUGCAGGAAUGCCAGCGCAAGGAGGAUUGUGGGUGUUAUCCCAUAUUUGCCGUAUUCCAAGCAGAGUAAGAUGCAUAAGCGUGGUGCGAUCCCUGCAAAGCUCAUGGCCUCCCUCUUGGGAAAAUCUGGUCUAACCAGCAUCAUCACUAUGGACUUGCAUUCCAAAGAGAUCCAAGGCUUCUACGACAUACCUGUUGACAACCUGAGGGCCUCACCAUUCAUUGUACAUUACAUCAAUGAAUCGGUGCCAGAUUGCCGAAAUGCCGUCAUUGUUGCCAAGAAUCCUGCUUCUGCUCAAAGGGCCACUUCAUUUGCGGAGCGCCUUAGGCUAGGGAUAGCUGUCAUACACGGAGAGCAGAAGGAGUCGGAAGGCGACCAGUGUGAUGGUAGACAAUCACCUCCACCAAAACCAGAGAAUUCUAUUGGGUUCAACUUUGUGCCUCUUGAAAACGAAUUAAAUGUCCCAGGUUUUCUUCCUAAAGAAAAACCUCCAAUGAAUGUUGUUGGUGAUGUUGGAGGGAAAAUAGCAAUUAUUGUGGAUGACAUGAUUGAUGACGCUACCACUUUCGUGGACGCCGCAAGGCUGUUGCGCGACAGAGGAGCAUACAAGAUCUAUGUGAUGGUAACGCAUGGCCUGUUGUCUGGUAGCGCCCCUGAGUUGAUUGAAGGCUCUGAGAUCGACGAGGUCGUUGUGACGAACACCGUGCCCCAUGAUUCCAAAGUUGCUCGCUGCAGCAAGAUCAAGACCAUAGAUAUCAGCCAACUUCUCGCCGAAGCAGUUCGCAGAAUUCACAAUGGAGAAUCUAUGGGUUACUUGUUCAGAAAUGUACCGCUUGAGGACUAAGCAUCAAUAUUUAAUAGCGUAGGUUUUCAUAUGUAAUGCUUGUAGAAGAGUAACUCCCCCCCCCCCCCAAAAAAAAAAGUUCAGAAUUAAAAUUACAAUAGAUAUAUCCAUUCAGAACUAUUAGCUCUAGAAAAAGUGUUUAAAAAACACUUUAGGCCUUGUACAAACUUAGAUGUAGUCCCCGUUGCAUAACUGUGGUUGCUAUGGGGACCAAUAGUCAUUACCGGCGCCUUCUGUAAGUCUAGAAAGAAACCAGAUACUUCUCGAGCAGUCUCUACAUAGCGGGCUUUUCAAUGCUGGCCGUUCCCGUUGCUUUUACAACUACAACUGUCAUAGAAUCAUCUACGGAACAGGGGCACUCGGACAGGUUAAAGACCCUAUAUUGUAUAUAUGUACUUUGCAUUGUAUUCUCGUUAUUGUAACAUCGGUAGAUAUUCGGAAUUAAAUCUACUAAAAACUA